AUGAGCGAACUCCUUAUAAGAUCAAAGAGUGGUGUUAAAUUAUAUGAGUUUAAGAAAUUAGAAAAUUUGUAUGAAAGUAACAUUAUAUUUGAAUAUGAGGGAUGUAUCCAUGAUGCAAUAUGGUCAUAUGACGGUAAUUCGUUUUUACUUUUACAUUCCAUAGAAGGUUUAUUAUUAAUUAGUAAUUAUGAAGAGAAAAAGAAAAGAAAGAUUGAAAAGAUUGCUUGUAUAGAUAAAUAUAAGGAAUUGUUUGAUAAUGAAAAUAUAAAAUUAAUUAAACAUGUUCAGUGGUCUCCCAAUAAUAGAUUUAUAGUUUUUUUUUUUCCAUAUGAAGAAGAGAAACAUAAUAAAUUAGGGAAUCUGCUAGUAUGGAAUGUAAAAGAUAGGAAUAUAUUAUGUUCAUUUAAAAUUAAAAAAAAGAGUUGUAGUAAUUGGCCCGUAAUUAAUUUUACGAAUGAUGAUAAUUAUUUCUUUUUACAAAAAAAAACAGAUAUUUAUAUAUACGACACAUUAAAAUUAAUACAAGAUCAUGAUAAUAUAACAUAUCUUCAUAAUAACGAUAUACCUUUAAAUUAUAUCUAUACGUGGAAUCAGCCAAACGUGUUAGCAAUAUAUAUGUCUUCUUAUAUGAGUGAUGAUAAAUGUCGAUUUUUUAUAGUACAUACGAAAAAUAAUUUUUUGGGAGAUGUGUACAUAUUUAAAAUUAAAGGAUUGAGCAAUAGUAAAAUGGUUAGUUAUAAUGUUAGGGAGGAUAAAGAGAAGGCCGACGAAAAAAAAAAUGUAGACGACAAACAUGUAGAUGAAAUAAAUGUAAAGGACAAACAUGUAGAUGACAAAAAUGUAAAGGACAAACAUGUAGAUGAAAUAAAUGUAAAUGAAAUAAUUGUAGAUGAAAUAAAUGUAAAGGACAUAGGAGGAGAGAUUAAUGUAGAUAACAAUAUAUCAUAUAUAAAAGAUCCAUCAUGUGUUGAAAAAAUAAAAAUUGAAUUACUUAUUAGAAAAAGCUUCGAUAAUUUAGACGCCCUAACGUGCCUGUGGUCAAUCAGUGGUAAGUAUUUAAUCUUUUUAGUAAAUACAAACGAUACUACAAAUAAAUCGUAUGGAUAUUUAAGCAAUUGUUAUUUUUGCUCAUUAGUUUCUAAAAAUAUACAUAUAAAAAGAAUUAACGAACAGGUUGCUCAAGAUGUAAAAUGGAGUAAUAUAAAAGAUGAAUUUUUAAUUAUAGAAGGCAAGUCAGAUAAUAUCAUUUUAUUAUAUGAUCAUGAUUUAAAUAUAAAAUGUAAAAUUUAUUCACAAUAUAAAAAUACCAUAAAAUGGGGACCUUUUGGUAAUAUGAUUGCUUUAGGUGGUUUUGGUAAUCUAGCAGGAGAUAUUAAUUUUUAUUAUAAAGAAAUAGAUAAUAGUGUAUCUAUAAUUAAAAAAUAUAGAGAAGCAUGUACUGUUCUUUGUGAUUGGUCCUAUGAUGGUACAUUAUUUAUGACAGCUUCGACAUAUCCAAGAAUGAAAGUAGAAAAUGUCUUUAAAAUAUAUACUUAUGAAGGUACCCUAGUUAAUAGUUAUAAUUUUAAUGAAUUGUAUGAUGUCAAAUGGAAAAAGGCUUUACCAGGUUUCUUUAAGCAACCAGCAAAACCGCAGCCCAAUUUAUUAGAUAGUUGUAAUAAAAAAAGUGUCUACAAAAUAAAGAACCUAGAUCAUCUUUUGAAUAUUACUCAGAAUAAUACAAUCAUAAAUAAUAAUAAUAAUAAUAUGAAUGGAAUAAAUAGUAGUAUUCAUAUGAAUACUAUAAAUAGUAAUAUCCACAUGAAUGGUAUAAAUAAUAUUAACGUUGGAAUGUCUUAUGUAAACAACAUGAACAAUAAAAUGAUGAACAAUAAUAAUAAUAAUAAUAAUAAUAAUAAUAAUAAUAAUAAUAACCUUACAAAUCCUACUAGUUAUUCAUUUGAUGUAUAUGAUGAAAAUAAUAUAAAUGUAAAUGUAAAUAUAAAUGAAGUACUUGAAAAGGAUAAGACAAAAACAAACAAAAGUAUGGCCGGUACAACCAGCACAUCGUUAUCUAAUUUAACAAGCAAUUUGUUAAACGGGCAUAGGAAAAAAAAAACGGAGAAAGUAAAAAAUGCUUACGACUGGGAUGUUGAUUGGAGAAAAAAAAAAAGCAUGGGUAUCAUGAAUAAUGUGAUGAACAUGAACAAUGUGAUGAACAUGAACAAUGUGAUGAACAUGAAUAAUGUGAUGAACAUGAACAAUGUGAUGAACAUGAACAAUGUGAUGAACAUGAACAAUGCGAUGAACAUGAACAAUGUGAUGAACAUGAAUAAUGUGAUGAAUACGAAUAAUAUGAUGAACACAAAUAAUAUGAUAAACACAAAUAAUAUGAUAAACACAAAUAAUAUGAUAAACACAAAUAAUAUGAUAAACACAAAUAAUAUUGAUAUGAAUCAACGAGACAAUUAUAUCGCCAGUGAACAAACAACACAAGAUGACAAAAAUCUGACGCUUAAGAACGAUAAAGUUUUGAAUAGUAACCUAAACAGUAGUAAUAAAAAUAUAAACGUAAUGUUGGACAACAUCAGAAGUAGAGAUAAUUCUGAGAACGGAAUAAUAAUCUUACAAAAUAAGUUAAACAAUUAUCAUGACAAGGCUAAUAUAAAUGAUAAUAUGAAUAAGGAUGAACAUGUUGUUGAAGAAAAGAAGAAACCCAAAAAAAAAAAAAAAGAAAAGGAAAAAAAAGAAGAUCAGGAAAAGGGAAAAGAUAAAGAUAAAGAAAAAAAAGAAGACCAUGAAAAGGGAAAAGAUAAAGAUAAAGAAAAAAAAGAAGAAAUGAAUAAUGAGAAAUAUAACACACCUGAGCAACCCAUUAAAAUAAAUAAUAACAAUAUGAAUGAUGUCAAUAUUAAUGAAGAUGAUAAAUUAUAUAGCAACUCCAAACCUACAAAAGAACAAAAUAAGUUACAAGAGAUGGGACAUAUAAAAACUAUAUCAUUAGACGACAUAAAUAAAAAUAAAGGAAAAGAUAAUCAAACAAAUGAAAUAAAAAAAGAUAUAAAGGAUAAGGAAAAGAAUAUAGCAAAUAUUAAUAUGAAUACAAAUGAGGAUAAGGAUAAGGAUAAGGAAAAAAAUACAACAAAUGAAAUAAAAAAAGAUAUAAAGGAUAAGGAAAAGAAUAUAGCAAAUAUUAAUAUGAAUACAAAUGAGGAUAAGGAUAAGGAUAAGGAAAAAAAUACAGAAAGGGUUGAUAGUAAUAUGAAUGAAGAAAAGGAUCAAGAUAAAAAAAAAAAGAAAGAAAAUAAAAAUAAAAAAUCAAAAAAGAAAAAGAAUGACAAUAAUAAUGUGGAUGUUGUAUAUAAUGAUAAUGUACCCAAGGAUAAGACAUACAAUGAUGAUGAUAAUAAUAAUAAUAAUAAUAAUAAUAAUAAUAAUAAUAAUAAAGAAGUAGAGAAAAAUAAUUCUUCUGCAGGUUCGAAUAGUUUUUCAAACAUAUUAUUAAAAAUAAUAAAAUAUAAAAAUGAUACAAAUAAUACAAAUAAUACAAAUAAUGCAAAUAAUACAAAUAAUACAAAUAAUACAAAUGAUACAAAUAAUACAUAUGAUAACAAUCAAUGUCAUAUAAAGAAAAAUAUGAACGAAGAAUUAAAUAAAGACUUAGAUUAUAUGAAAAGACAAAUAAAUAUACCAAAUCCAAAACACAUCAUGAACAACAUCAAUAAUAAUGGUACAGGUGUCGAACAUAUGAGUGAUAUAUCCACAUUAAAUUGUAAUAAAAAAAAUAAUGACAUGGCCAUAAGAAUAUCCAAUCAAUAUAAUAAUGAAAAUAUAAAAAUGUAUACUAAUAAAAAUAUACCAUUAUAUGGUGAUGAAUUUUUAAAAGAUAUUAAAAAUGGAAAAUAUAAUAUCAGUGAUAUGAAUAUAACAAAAGAUAUGAUGAUAAAUAAUAUGAAGAAUAAUAUGAUGUUAAAUCAUGUUUUAAAAAAUAAUGAUAUGAAAAAUAAUACAAUAGGAGAAAAUAAUAAUAAUAAUAAUAAUAUGUUUAAUACAAUGAAUAUAUCGAAUAUUAACGAUAUACAAAGUAUUAAUACACUUAAUAAUAUCGUAUUAGAAAAUGCUUUAUUAAGAAACGAAUUACCAAUAUAUCAAAGUAAAGGCAAAGACAAUGAAAAUGGGAUCAGCAGGAAUAACACAAAUGAUAACAUGAAUAGUAUUAAUAGUAUUAAUAGUAUGAAUAGUAUGAAUAGUAUGAAUUGUAUGAAUAGUAUGAAUAGUGUUAAUAGUAUGCACAACGUACAUAACAAUGUGCCGUCCAAGGAAAAUUUAAUAAACAUAUUUAAAAAAAUUUUACCACAUGCUAAAGUUAAUAUUGUAGGAAAUAACAAUAAUAAUAUAGAUAACAGAAAUUCGACGAAGAGCCUUGAUUCGUAUAAUAUGUAUGACACCCAAAACAACUCAAGUUUGAAUAGGGGGGGGAUGCAUCAAAGUUUUAAGAGACAAGAUAGUUUUAAUUAUUCUUAUAAAGAAGGUAAUAACAAUAAUAUUGAUAACAAUAAUAAAAAUAUGUUUAAUGAAUAUUCAAGAGAACAUUUAAUAAAAGAAAUGAUGUUAAAAAAAUAUCUUAUGAAUAAUAAAGAAUAUGAUAAUAUUAAUAAUUUUAGUUUAAUUAAACUUGAUGAUAUACAAUCUAUACAGAAGAAGGUAGAAAUUAAUAAUAAGUUUAAUGUUGAUGGUGUUAAUAAUAAUAUUGAUAAUGUGGAUUAUAUGAAUAAUCAACAAUAUGAUAUGCCACAGAACCUAAAAAAUCAACUUGAUAAUCUAGACUUUUUUGAAUUAUUAAAAUGUUAUCAUUCUUUAAAUAUACAACAAAUCCAAAUAAAAUUAUAUUGGAUAUAUUACAAAAUACAAAUGUUUGAACAAAGUAAUUUAAUAUCAUGUCAUACUAAAGAUAUGAAAAUAUUAUAUAAAUUAAAAGAAAUUAAACAUAUAUUAGAAUAUACAAAUCAUUUAUUAAAAGAUCAUUUUAUAAAAAAUAAAGAAAAAUAUCAAUCCUUAUUACAACAAUUUAUAAUAAUAUUAAAACAUCAUGAUAAUUUAUAUCUACAGAAAAGAGAGAAACUUAUAACAGACCAUUAUGAUAAACAAAAUGUUGUACAUUUUAUAUGUAACAUAGAAAAAUUCAUAGAAAAAAAUAUGAAUCUAACGGAUACUUUUUUUAUAUCUUCAAAUUUACAUUCUGUACCUUCCAAAACAAUUAAUAAUAAAUUAGGAACAGCAAAUAGUCUUAUUAAUGAAAAUAGAAACAAUAUAAAAAAUAAUGAUCAUCAUCAUACAAGAGGAAACCAAAAGAUAAUAGAUAAUUUUAAUAAUAUCGAUAUAAACAAAAUAAAUGAUAAUAAAUAUGUACAAAAUAAAUAUUAUGAUCACAAUGUAUCCAAUAAUUAUAUUUAUCAUCAAAAUGUAUCGAAUAAUAAUAAUAAUAUGAACGAUUUAAAUCAAAAUCUGGAAUUUCAAAAAAAAUUUAUUGUUCAUAAAAUGAAUGAUUAUUUUAAAAAUAUGAACGCUACAAAUGAACAAAAAAAAAUUUUUUUAAACAAAAUGAAUUUAACAGAAGAACAAAAAAUAUUUUUCUUAAAAAACCUAAAUAUAAAAGAUGAAGAAUUCAUAGAACCUAAUAAUACCAAACAGGCUUUCGCAAACUGUAUUAAUAAUAAUAAAAUAAAAAAUAUAGACGAAAAAGAAAAAAAAGACAAAACAAACAAAACAAACAAAACAAACAAAACAAGUCAAAUAAAACAAACAAGUCAAACGAAUCAAACAAGUCAAACAAAUCAAACAAGUCAAACAAAUCAAACAAAUCAAACAAGUCAAACAAAUCAAACAAAUCAAACAAGUCAAACAAAUCAAACAAAUCAAACAAAUCAAACAGACAAAAAAGGAGGGGAUACUUAUAUUGAUACUCCUUACUCUAGAUCAAGUUAUUUUUCUAUAAAUGAUCCAAAUGCUGAUAAGACUAAAGAGAAUAUAAAAAAAAAUAAUGAACAGACUGAUCAUAAUGAAGAUGCUAUAGGAGGCUCUCCUUUGCUCAAACUUAUAAAUAAAUCCCAUGGGCAGAGAGUUGAAAAUAAUAUUAAUAGUAUGAAUAAUAUAAACAAUAUGAACAAUUUAAACCAUAUGAACCUUAUGAAUAACAUUAACUAUUUUAAUAAUCGGCUUGACGAUAGCCAAGGUGUAGAAAAUGAACAAUCAAAAUGGCUAUCGCAGAAGAAUGUUCUACUCAAUAUUUUAAAAAAAAAACAUAAAAAAUUAAAAGACGACAAUAAUGUAGUUGUGUCAAACUCAAAUGAAGAAAAUUAUAUGAAAAAUAUAAAAAACGAGUUAAAUAAAGAUAUGAACACUUUUCAAUUUAAUAAUAUCCCAGAAAAUAUUUUAGAAAAAUUAAAAAAUAUAAUUCAUAUGAGUAAUAAGGAUGGAACAGAUUUACAAAACCAUCAAGCAGAUCUAAUAAAUUAUAUUUACCAAAAUAAACAAAUGGAUGGUAUUUUACACUCUUUUACAAAUUGUAAUGAUAUUAAUGAACAAGCAAAAAGUAACGUGAAUCAAACAAAAGAUAAAUUGAAGAAUAUAAAUAAUCUUAACACACAUUCCGGAAUAUUAGAAGAACAAAAUAAUACACAUUUACAUCUCUACGCACAACAACAAAGAAAUUUACGAAAUCUAAUGAAUACAAAUGAGGGAGACACAAAUAUACCUAAUCUUACUCAAAAUAAAAAUCAUAUAAAUAGUAAUACGUCCUUUUUGAACACUGGCAAUGAUGAAAAUAAUAACAAAAAUGUGAAUGAAUUUAUUCGUAUCAUGAAUAAUGAAUGUAUGUUAAAUUUACAAAAAAAAAAUUUAAACAACAUCAAUCCAUUAAAUAAUAAUAACAACAAUAGUAAUAAUAAUAAUAAUAAAACAUUAGUGGCAAUGAAAAAUAUUGUAGAGGAAAAAAAACAAACAAUUAUAGAUAAUGAUACAAAUAUAAUAUCAAACCAUUUUUUGACAAAUGAACAUCAAGGUAAAGGUGAUACUACCAAAACAUUUUAUAUAAAUAAGAAGAAUCAAAACGUAUUAUCUCAAUCCUUAAAUAAUCAAACUGCUGUUGUUAACAAAGGAAUUUCAAAUAAGCAUAAAACAAACAAUAUUGUGAGUAAUAAAAAUUUGAAUAGUUCAUUAGAUAAAAAAAAUGUACAACAAAGCAAUAUGCUAGAAUUAGAAGAUACCAAAAGACCAGAUGCUCUAAGAGAUAAAUGUUGGCAAUAUGUGGAUCCUAAGGGGGUAGUGCAAGGUCCGUUUUAUUUAGAUGAAAUGCGUGUAUGGAGCGAAAUGGGAUAUUUCGAACCCAUGUUGCCUGUACGAUGUUGUGAUUCAGAUCGUUUCGUAGCUCUAAACAAACUCUUCCCACCUCCUUUAAAACCUUUUACUGUCGUCCCAAAACCUCAACCAGUAUUACAAUGGGAAGAAGAAUUGUUGUAA